AUGUAUUACUUCAAGUUGCUCUCUUUUUUCAUCAUCUCGGUCUCUACCCUGGUCGCAGCAUCUCCCGUGGUCCGGAAAACACUCAACCCUCAACGUCUGAAGAUCAGAUCGCCUCUUUCAGAUGCAGUUUUUGAUGCAACAAGCGAAUGGCCGACCAACGUUGUCAUGACUGGCGGAUCUCAAACUUACGGCAUGUGGGUUCCUAUAGACGGCACUUGGUACGAUAUGAGCACGAUCACAUGUCUUGGUCUCCCGGCCUAUGCCGAGGGUCCUUGCGAUGGCAUGACUAUCGACCAGAUAGGCGUGGUCAGUGGUGACGGUCCUUGCGACUUUCUUGGAAAUGAUGGUUACAGUGUUUCUAUACCUGGCACUGCUGGCGAGGGCUACUUUACGGUCGGACCACCUCAGAACAUCAUGUCAGCAAAAUGUGGAUGA